UUUUUUUACACGAUCAUACCUGUCAACUCGUACGAUUUAGCCGUAGUUCGUACGGAUUUUGCGGGGAAUCUUGCGUAUACGGCCGUAUAGCACCAAUCAUACGGAUUCUGAAAAUUUCGAGCCGAAGGGUCAGCGUUUAGAGUUGGUGAAGAAAGUUACAUAUGAAUACAAUUCUGAACACAGUAAUGCCACUAAAUAGACAUUAACUUCAGAUAUUAUCAUUAUGGAGAUCGACGAUAAUAUCAUUGAUUUUCCCUUUGUUAUUUUGACAUAUAAUUUGCUUCGGUAUGUUAUAAGGACUUUUUGCUCUCUAUUAGGAUUUUUUUUGGGGGGGGGUAAUUUAUACAGGUUGGUGCUCCGAAAGGUUGACAGGUCACAUGUCUGGAUCAGCAGCCGCCGGCAGCCGGGAACGUCCUGCAGCGUCCAGGACCACCUUCGUACCCGAGAUCCAGGGCAUGAUGUUUGCCCUGGGAGAUGCUCAAAGGCCGCUGCCCGAGACUGCAGCCCUGGUGGAGGACGUCGUGCACACGCAGCUUAUAACCAUGCUCCAUCAGGCCAGCGAAGGCGCCACGCUUCGUGGGUCAAGGGUCAUCGCUGUGGAGGACAUCCUGUUCUUGAUGCGGAGAGAUAAGGUCACACAACAGCGUAAGGUGUCGAGGCUGCUGAAGUACCUCCAGUUCCGGGAUUACAAGUCGAAGCUCCUGAAGAGUCUGGACGACGACGACGUGCAGCAGGAUCAAGGGGCGGGGUCGUCGGGCGCGGUCGCCGGCGCCAACCAGCGGCGUCACCGCCUGGCCCAGGAUUUCCUGCUGUGGUUGGACCACACGGGCGAGCUCCUGUCGCUGGCCGAGCGCCAGGAGUUGGACCCCGUCAAGCGAGAGAGGCUGGAGCGUAUGGAGCGCCACACCAGAACCAUGGACCAGACGCAGUACACUGAAUUCUGUGAGAGUCGGCAGCUCAGCUUUGCCAAGAAAGCGUCCAAGUUCCGCGACUGGCUGGACUGCAGCAGCUUGGAGCUGAAGCCCAACGGUGUUGCCAUGGAGAUCCUGUCCUACCUGGCCUAUGAGACGGUCGCCCAGAUUGUGGACUUGUCUCUGCUGGUGAAGCAGGAAGUGGUGGCCAAGACGGACGCCGUGGCGCACGUCAUCUCGGCCAGUCACAUCCGCUACAACGCGCACGCCGAGGUCAAGAAGGAGUCGGAUUCCCCCGAGGCCACGCCUCCCUCCACUCCUGGCUCCUCCCACUCAUCCAAGCCCCUCCUCCACGGCAACGGAAGCUUGGACGGGCGCACGCGACAGAGGAAACGCAAAAAGAGCGCUCCCGCCACCGUGGAACCUCCCAGCGGCGCCAUCCAGAUCUGUCACAUCCGCGAGGCCAUCAGAAGAUACAACUACAGACACACCCUGAGAGAAGGUCUCCAGCUCCGUGGCCGCUUGCUCCACCUGGUGCGCAAAUGAAGUACAGCACGCUUAGGAAAGGGGAACGAGGAGAACGACGACCAACGCUAACGCUAAGACCAGAGACCUGUUCCCAC